GAGGAGAUGAAGCUGAUUAUCCUGGAACACUACUCUCAGGCCAGUGAGUGGGCGGCCAAGUACAUUAGGAACCGCAUCAUCCAGUUUAACCCAGGGCCGGACAAAUACUUCACCAUGGGGCUCCCCACUGGGAGCACCCCACUUGGCUGCUACCAGAAGCUGAUUGAGUACUAUAAGAAUGGGGACCUGUCCUUUAAAUAUGUGAAAACCUUCAACAUGGACGAGUAUGUGGGUCUUCCUCGAGAGCACCCAGAGAGCUACCACUCCUUCAUGUGGAAUAAUUUCUUCAAGCACAUUGACAUCCAUCCUGAAAACACCCACAUUCUGGAUGGGAAUGCGGCUGACCUGCAGGCUGAGUGUGAUGCCUUUGAGGAGAAGAUCCGGGCUGCAGGCGGGAUCGAACUCUUUGUUGGAGGCAUCGGCCCCGAUGGACACGUUGCUUUCAAUGAGCCGGGUUCCAGUCUGGUGUCCAGGACCCGUGUGAAGACUCUGGCCAUGGACACCAUCCUGGCCAAUGCUAGAUUCUUUGAUGGCGAUCUUGCCAAGGUGCCCACCAUGGCCCUGACGGUGGGCGUAGGCACUGUGAUGGAUGCUAGAGAGGUGAUGAUUCUCAUCACAGGCGCUCACAAGGCUUUUGCUCUGUACAAGGCCAUUGAGGAAGGCGUGAACCAUAUGUGGACUGUGUCCGCCUUCCAGCAGCAUCCCCGUACCGUGUUUGUGUGUGACGAGGAUGCCACCUUGGAGCUGAAAGUGAAGACGGUCAAGUAUUUCAAAGGUUUAAUGCUUGUUCAUAACAAGUUGGUGGACCCCCUGUAUAGUAUCAAGGAGAAGGAAAUUCAGAAAAGCCAGGCUGCUAAGAAGCCAUACAGCGACUAGCCUGUGCCAAGUCACGAGUACCUCCGAGCGAGACAGGCAGGUCUUUCUGGAAACUGUAAGAGAGUAGGAUUACUUCGCUUCAGUUCACUGUGGUUGCUGCAGACCCUUUUGGCUAGGAACAUACUGGCUGUGGGGAACAUUGAGUUUAGCUAUGGAGAACAGUGUUUAUAACUUUUACCUUUUUCAGUCCUGGGGUUUGAACCUAGGGCCUUGCACAUGCCAGGCAAGUGCUCUACUGAGCUAUGUCUCCAACUUGUUUACAAUGUGAUAUUUUCUAUUAAAUCUAAUAUUUUCAAA